CCGCGAAGAAAAGUUGAGGGCGGGGUCUACCGAUGGCAAAGAGUAUAAAAUCCUCGCUGGCGAAAAGCUACGGUAUCCAGUUAUUACAGAGGUCUCAGAACGUCGUUGACUUUUUCAUCAUCAUGGAUUAUAAGAUCAUUGGAUACUUGGCUACGGUCCUAACUGUCGUUCAUGCGGGAAUAAUCGGACCGAGCGCAGGAAUAAUUGCUCCCACUGGUGCCACAGUGGCAGCAGCACUUCCACAAGCUGCGGCUGCUGUCGUCAGAACCGAAAAUUUUGAUCCAAAUCCGCAAUAUAGCUUCAGUUACAGCGUAGCCGAUGGUCUUACGGGUGACAACAAAGCGCAAGAGGAAACUCGUAAUGGCGAUGUGGUUCAAGGUAGUUAUAGCUUAAUAGAGCCAGAUGGUUCGCGUCGAGUGGUCUCGUAUGCUGCCGAUCCUGUCAACGGUUUCAACGCUGUUGUUCAAAAAGAUCCUAGCAUCACGGUCAAGACAGCGGUCGCUGCAGCCCCAGCCGCCCGGCCUGUUGUCGCAUCUCCCUUGCUGGCACGACCAACAUCGGUUAUCGCUGCAGCCGCACCCGCUAUAGCCGUUCGUCCACAGGCUACGCUGUUAGGUGCCCCCAUAUUGAGACAAUCGUUGUUAGCAGGGCCGACGGUAGCUGCCACAAACGUACUCACCGCGAACGCCGGUUUAUUAGGUCUUGGCGUAGGUCUUGGUCUAAGACCAGGAGGUUCUCUCUAUGGUACGCAGUCGCUUCUUGCGGGUGCCUAUGGUACCGGAGGCAUCGUUAAAGUUCAUUAAAUACCGCAACGGGAUGCAACGCAACUCGGCUCGGCUCAAUUCGAUUCGACAUGACAUUUUAUCUCCUUCUCCUCAGUUUUGCCUCACUUUGCUCGAAUGCGAAUUCUGAAAAUUUUUUACUUGGAUAUCUAAACUUGGAUAUGGAAAACGUUGGAUAUCUAAUCACGUGUACUUGAAAAUGUUACUGAUGGCAUGCAGCGACCUUGAUGCAUUUCUAUUUGUCAUCUCCACUCAUUGCUAUCCAUCUUUUUUUCUUUUUCCUUAUUAUCAAUUACCGGCAAACAUAUCCCAAAUUUAUAAUAUUUACAAAAUCCACAUCUUGCUGUUUUACGUCGAAGACAAAAUCUUAUUUAAGAGUAUCGGUCUAAUGAUUUAGAAUUUUCAUUCCAACAUCUCUAUCACUAUAACGAUAUAGAAAUAGCCACUGUACGGUUAAUCUGCCAUUCUGCAUUUAUGACGAACGGUCUUUUUCUUUUUUUUUUUCUUUUCUUUUCUUUUCUUUUCUUUCUUGGUUCCGUUCAAGAUUUCUUAACCAAGUCAUUAAAUACUUGUAGUGAUUUUUAUGGAACACUUUGACUUGUUUAAAGAGCAAAGUCGAAAGGAUAAAAAUAUUUAUUUACAUGCAUUCUGUGACACGAGCAGACAGAUCACGAGCCUCGUUGACGAAAGAAAGGAACUGAGCGGAAUACGAGGCAAAUCUUUGUAUUUUUUACUACAACUAUUAAUCGUCGCACUUAUAAAUCUCCAAAGAUGAAAAGUAUAUACUAGAUAAUUAGAUUUCAAGAUUUAGACAUAAUUAAAAUGGCGUUUGCGUUUCUAUCCAAGUGAAGUCCUUCCGUUUUAAAGACGUACCGUUACUGGAUACAAUAUCGCAUACAAAAUAAAUAUAUUAUUUAGCAAACGAGCAGUAUGGUUUAAAUUUAUAUUAACCUUGCGAAGCCUUGCGAGAGAUUGGUUUUGGAUUCAUUUCAAGUGAGUUUGAUGAGCAAUAGAAAAUGAAAAAAGAAACGGAAGAAAGCAAAAUGUUUAUUGCCCAUUGGUAUUGGCCAAAGAUAAACGAAACUUGUAUUGAAAAAAUGAACAGAAGAAACAAUUUAUGAUCGUCUCAUUCAUCCCGGAUUAAUAUUUUCAUCUCAAACGCGUAAAAUUGUAUAUCGCACUGUCAUAUAUACUUCAAAACUAUGAAUAAAUAUUUCUACAACUCGAUAGCGGCUCUUUGGAAGUAUUGCGAGAAAAAUUUAAACAUCGCAAAGCAUCUCAUACAGCACCACUGUUUUCGACAUAUUGCAUUGGCGCGAGAACUACAACGUUAUUAGCGUCAUAUACAUAUUAAUGUAAGGAAAUUACAGCAAAAGCAAGUUUUUUGUCAAUAUAUCUACAUACGAUGUAAUAGUAAAAUAAGUAAUAGUAAUUAAUAAAUAUUAAUAAAAAAAAUAAUAAUAAGUAAUAGGGAGCAGGGACGAAACAUCUUGUUUUUCAUUAUAGAAAAGGCUCUAAAUUAUUUCAAUGAAUCUACUUUGAUGGAUAUAAAUGAAUCACCUAUUUUAUUUCGUUUCCCUAUAAUUUUCUCCUUUAUUCUCAAAUCAGAUAAAUGAUUUUCUGUGAGAGUUUCAAAUUCUUGUUUCAACUGAUCGCAAUUCGUUGUUUCCUCUCAUAAACGAUACUCUAAGUGAUCUUUAUCUUCUCCUCAGUUUCAUCGAAAGUUGGGUUGUUCAAUUACAACAUAUUUUUCAAUAAUAUCGUCGCUCGGCCUUAGUCUCUGAGAUAUUGGCGAAAAACUGCCGGUACCAUUACAGCGUAGUUUUGCCUACAGUUAUGCGUCUGCGCCAACGUAUACGUCAGUAUUCUUGUUACCUUCUGUCUACAAACGGGGGUCGGACUCGUGUACAAUGUGCAUUUGUUAGGCUACAAAGGAUGUCUAUUAUAAUUAUAUUCAAUUCAAUAAUUCAUUUAAAAACGAAUAUCAUCAAUGUAUCGCGUUUGGGGGUUGAGUUUGCACUUUCAAUCCGGCAGCCGACGACGUUUGUGUUAAGUAAUAACAAAUUAAUUAUAAAUGUAGUAGACGAACGAAUAAUUGAUAUUUGUAUAUUGAACGUGUAGAAAAGCUAGUUCCUCUCCGAUUUCAAUGAUCUUUGGGUAUGUUGGACAUUUCAAAUAUUGGAUAUUUUGAACAACUUUCCCCUUGUACGCGCGUCUAACUAGUUCCCAAGAUUUUCGCAAAAAAAAAAGAAAAAAAAAAAAGAAAAAUAACCCGACCUACUAUCGAUACUGCUUCAGUGAAUUCUGUCUGUAUGUUGCAUGGUGAUUUCGUGUAGCGUGUAGCGCACGCGUCAGUAUUUUGGUCAUCUUACGGUAACGGAAACGUAAACAUAAAGACCGCGCGUUGUCUUUCUUUGUCUAUUCAUACGAUAACCUGUAGGAGAUUAAAGCUGCAAUAUCUUUUAAAUUAAUCAUUUUUCGACACAAGCUCGUACAUUUUUCGAACGUAGAAACGGCGUAGAAAAAGAUAUGCAGUACUAUUGAACCAAAUGAUCCAUUGGCAUUGAAAUCUCUUUAAAAAUGAACGUAGCAAGAAAUGGAAAUAUCUUAUUAAAUUCCCCUCGUGAAGUCAAACAACUCUCAUCGGAAACAUUUUUUCGCAUUUCUGAUACUUGGAGAAAUAUUCGCGCGUACACAUUUAAAACGGACUGUAUACUGUAUUUGUGAAAUUGAAAAUUGAGGCAUUGGGUGCUUAACGUUAAUUUAUGUUUUAAUACAUGAAUGUAUGCUGUGAAACAAUAAAUAUAUAUUUAUCAAUAAUAAGAAAAGUACUACGAAAAUUAUUUAUUUAUCUACAAUAAUAAUAAUAAUAAUAAGAAUAAUUUAAUGGUCUUAUUUAAAUGACAGGGUAUGCGCGCUUUAAAUUGCUGAAUUUGUGCAGGAUCUGCUGCCUUUCUGUGUUGCCUUUCUACCUUCUGAUUAUGCUGUGCACAGUCUGUUACGUUCUGCUGCCAAUCUGCACUCAAAUGGUUAUUAGUAUAGUUAUUAGGCUAAUGUUUUAAUGGAGAAUGUGAUAACGAAUACAAAAUAAGCGAUAUAGUUUAUAUUCUAUUAUUUUAUAAUUUUACAUUCACUAUAAUUUGUACCAAAGGGAAUGAAAAACGAAGAAACAAGAUAUAAAUAGAAAGAAAAGAAUGGCACAUGAGUGGAAUUAGAUUAAGUGAGACGAUACUAAAACUAUACGUAAUACAGAGAAAUAAGACCGUGUUGACGCGAUAGCGUAGUAAGGCCAGUACGCUAAUUGGAUCUUUUAUACGUGUUAAAUUUACUCGAAAGUACUAGAACAAGAAAUUAUUGGACGGAGUGGUCGAUCUGAACCCUACGUAGUUCAUGACCAACAUCUUCAUGUCCACGGUGGCUCGGCUGUCUGACGAACACGCAUGUUCCACGAUUGUAGAGUUUUACGUGGUCGGAGCUGUGCAAGAUAUUUUCGUAUCUGGAAGUUUAAUACAAAGGUUAUACCGAUUUGUUUUCUUUAGUAUAAAUUGCCGGCGAGCAAGAAUGGUGCAGAUGGAGAAGCGGACUCUAGCGAAUAACGAACAGCAAGAGGAGUAACAACAAGAAGAAGGAAAAGAGCGUUUAAUCGCCGAUGAUGAGAAAAUGUAUUAUAUCGUUGGUUGCGUGCGAGCGUUGGAGAAAAUGCGUGAAACGUGGGAAUGGAAGGAAGAAGUAGUUCAUGAAUGUGUAAAUAAGAUGUGUAAAUAAAAGCGUUUAGAAAUGUAAAACGUUUUGCGUAAAGCAGCUAGUGAUAAGAGCAGCGUAAAGGUAUAGAGUGAAAAGAUGAGGUGUGUAAUAAAGUUGUGUAAAUAAAAUAAACGCGUACUUAACUUGGGUGUGUGAAAAAGUGGAGCGGGAAAGGUAAUAGCGAUGUUGAUUUAGCGUGGGAAUUUGUCAAAACAUGGGUUAGUUUUGUUAGAAAAUUGUAAAAUAUGUAAAGAGAUUGUAGACGUUAGAAGCGUGAAAGUUGAAAGAAGUAAGAAAAGAAGGUAAAGAGAGUAUAAAAUGAUAUUAAGUAGUACGUAAGGCAAUAUAAUUUUCUGGAUGGCAAAAGAAUGGAUUUGUUUGGAUUCUAGGAGACUAAAGAAUAAAUGAAGAUACAUUUAGGAGAUA